AUCAAGUAUUUUUUUGGCUCUCUUGCUGCUUCUUCUUUCCAUUACAUAACAAUGAUGGGUUACGUUACGUAUAAAAGAAACAGUGUUAGAAAACUUGCUUGUGAGGAUUUCACCGCCCGCUCAGAUACGGUUUGUCAGCUUUUCGAUUUUAGUUUGAUUUCUGAUAGUACGGUUAAAUAAACAAACUAAAACAUGUCGUUUUCUUUUAACCAACCCUGAUUAUUUUCCCUCGCGAAAAUUU